AUGUUGUCGAUUAUCUAUUACCGUGUCAUGAGAACGGAUUUUAGAAUGGGCAUGGUUAAAGAGGACGGUGAUGGAUUAGCGGAAAGAGUAGAAGAGGAUGAAUCUCACAACAGAUCGGAUAUCUGUCGUAGUUUUAAAGUGAUUAAGUCUGAGCCAAUCGAUGACUACGAAGAGGACAGUGAAUCGGUACCUCCUCGUGUGAAGCAUAAGCGUCAAUGUGCCGAGGUCGCAAUGAAGAGAAUUAAACUGGAAAUUCAACCUUCGCAGCCUGAUGGUGUUAAGGACAGGAAGAAUGGCGGAGAUUCACGAGAAGGUUCAUGUGAGCGUAGCGACUGCGCUCUCCAGAAAUCAUGCUCCUUGUCAAUUAAUUCUAACUGUUUGAAGACAUUGACAGAUGCUUGUGGAAAAAAUUUCUACCACAUUACCAAGGGCGAACAUGUGUGCGGAGAUCAGUUAUUACCUUACUGGUUAGAAUGUCCUUUGUGCAAGAAAUUUCGAAAGCUCGAUCUUGAUCCGAUGGUGGUAAUUUCAACUUCUGACAUAGAGAACUUCCGUUGUAUUGAUUGCAGCAUUCCAGAAGAUAAGCUCGCUACUGAUGCUCGUCACCCUAAUUGGAUUCUGUCAGCAUCUGUCGCUCCUUUGCUACACAAUUCACCUUCGCUACAUUAUUUACGAGAUCAUUACUAUCUGGAUGAAGUUGGUGUAAGCCCUACCGUAGCUAACUACCCAUAUUUGACUGCACUCCCUUCGUCAUCGUUUAUGGCACCGUUUCAUAUUCCCGAAGAGCCAAUGGCUUUCUGUGUCCGCCCAGAUGUGAUGGAAUAUGAUGAAGUGAAACGUUUCCCUCAGUAUUCUGCUGAGCCAAUCAUCUAUCUUGGUUUAAGAAAUCACAUUAUCUCAUUGUGGAAUAUGAACCCUAUUGAAUACCUCACAUUAGAGUACUGCAAAAACCAUUUGAUUUCUCGUGGGUUAUGUCGCGUAUGGCAAAUUCAAGAGUUGAGGAAGAUAUAUGAGUAUCUUAAUAUGAAGUCGAUAGUUAAUAUAGGCCUUGUGAAAGUACCAGCACCUCUCGUGACGAAGUUCAGACGUUCUCCAAGUGUGAUUGUAAUUGGAGGGGGAAUUAGUGGACUGGCGGCUGCCCGUCAAUUGCGCUCAUUGGGAACCAAAGUGAUUUUACUGGAAGCUAAAAACAGACCAGGAGGCAGGAUGCAUGAUGACUUAAGUCUUGGAAUUCCCGUUGGUCGGGGUGCUCAACUUAUCACUGGUAUGAUCAAUAACCCAAUCGUGAUAAUGUGCAACCAAGCGAAUAUCAGUUACCGUCCUCUACACCGUGAAUGUGCCAUGAUGGACUCGGUUUUAGGGAAGGUUAUGAAUCACAGGGUUGACAGAAUAGCUGAUGAACACUGGAAUUGCAUCCAUGACAUCCUAGGACACUGGCGUUCACAUACAAAAGGGCCUGAUCGCAGUCUUAUGGGUCAGUUUAAUAUGACAGCAUCAAGCAUGGGGUUAAAAAUGGCAAUGCCUCGACGUCCUGACCAGAAAAAAAGGAGAAGUGGUGGUUUUGGUGGGAUAAAUUUCAACAAACUUUUAGGAGGCUCAGGUGCCUCCACAGUUGAUCUUUUUGUCGUUGCCGUCGUAUCAGUUGUUUCAACCUUCUUUGUCAUGCGCUUCUUCGUCUCUCAACCUGCGACUGUACAGAAGUUACAGUUUGUCUCCACCUACAAUCACACUCAGCUGUAUAAAGCAAGGAUUUUAGAUAACAAGGACAUAGAGUUUGAUUUCCUGCUAGUCUCUGAUCUGGAUCGCGAAAGUAAGGUAUCAAGCAAGUUAUGGCAAAGUCUGACGAAACGCGGCAUUCUGCGGAUUAGCGCAGAUCGGGCGAAAGCGUUUGUAGAAUGGAAAACAGACGGGGAUUUUUUCCUUAACACCGAAAUAUCAUCUGGCGGACGUGCUAUGGAACUGUCCGAUCUUGCGGUAUUUGACGGGCGCCUAUUAUCAGUGGAUGAUAGAACAGGCAUCAUUUAUGAAAUUACAAAUAAUGAGGCAUAUCCUUGGGUCUUUCUGAGUGAUGGUCCGGGAAAUGUAGCGAAAGGAUUCAAAGGAGAAUGGCUAACUAUUAAAGGUGAACACCUUUAUGUUGGUGGUUUGGGGAAGGUGAGGUUCCUCUUUCAGGAAUGGACUACAACGGAGGGCGAAUAUGUUAAUGAUAAUCCAAUGUGGGUGAAGGUGGUGUCCUGUAAUGGGGAAGUGAAGCACGUAUCUUGGCGAGACGUCUUCAUUAAAGUUCGCAGUGCUGCAGGAAUCGAAUAUCCUGGAUAUAUGAUCCACGAAGCUGUACAGUGGUCCAAUUUUCAUCAAAAGUGGUUCUUCCUUCCAAGAAGAGUAUCGAAUGAAAAGUAUUCAGAAGCGAAGGACGAAACGAGAGGCGGUAAUUUGCUCAUUAUUUGCGACGAACCGUUAUCCACUUGCGAGGUGGUUCGUGUGGGAGAACUUAACCAUCUUGCUCGUGGUUUUUCGGCCUUCCAGUUUAUUCCAGGCACUGAUGAUAAUCUCAUCAUGGCUCUUAAGUCAGAAGAAAAAGAUGGCAAAGCAGUGACCAGCUAUGUGACUGUCUUCGAUAUUAACGGCAAUGUUAUUUUGGAGGAUACAUCUGUGAAUAAACAGAUCAACAUUGCACACAAGAAGCUGAUCAAAGGUGCUCGUUUAAAGUGGGGAGAUGCUUAUGAGCGCGCUUUCCAGUUUAAUCUUGGGAACGCAGAGUUCAGCUGUGGGGCCAAGCUAGACGACGUUUCUUGGCGACAUUGGGACCAAAACGAGGCGGUCAAUCAAUUCGCUGGAGCUCAUGCGCUUCUCACUGAUGGCUGUACAGAAUUGAUAGGACGACUCACAGAAGGAUUGGAUAUUCGUUAUGAACAUGAAGUGACAUCAGUUGAAUGGGCGCGGACAAAGAAGACCGUGACUGUGACUUGUCAGAAUGGAAAACGUUUUGUCGCAGACAAAGCGUUGCUAGCUCUUCCUCUGGCUGUGUUACAGAAACACAGGGUCAAAUUCAUCCCAAAACUUCCUGAUAAGAAGACGAAAGCAAUGAAAUUUAUUGGAGCCGGACUUAUUGAAAAGGUUGCUGUCCGCUUCCCAUACUGCUUUUGGAACUCUUUGCUGAAAAAAGAUGGGACCCUCGACUACUUCAGUCAUGCGCCAAGAAAAAGCAGUGACCGCGGUCUUUUCAAUAUGUUUUACGAUUUCUCACGCAGAGAUGCGAAUGGUGUUGCUCCAUUCUACGUCUUAAUGUCCUACGUUUGUGGUGAUUCGGUGAAUGUUGUCAAUUUAUAUAAUGACGAGGAAAUAACAAAGAUGUUCGUGGACACUUUGAGACAGCUGUUCCCAAAAGAGGAUAUUCCGGAUCCAGAAGGAGCUGUUGUAACUCGUUGGGGAAGUGAUCCCCAUAUUGGUAUGUCAUAUAGCUAUGUGCGUGUAGGUGGAACUGGCGCACACUAUGACGCACUAGCAGCACCGGUGGACGGCAAACUUUAUUUCGCUGGAGAGGUGAAACUACAGCAUACUCUUAUUUGCUCAUGUUCGGUAACAUGA